AGCAACAUCUUACUGAACAAAAAAGGACCAAUAAUCAUCCAACAAAAAACAAAACAAAAAAAAAACACCAUUUUUUUUCUUUGUCCCAAUCUUCUCCUCUUCUGCUUCUUCUUCUUUAUUAUGCUAACUUUUCACCUUUAAUUUCUUUAAAGUACUGUAUUCCCACUUCAAGAAUUGUCAUUUUAGUUUGUUGGCAAACUCAAAUUUGCAUCUUGUUUGCUACUUGGAACUGCAGGUUCUUGCAAUGUAGAUAUCUGAUCUUUCCUAGUUCAGAAAUUUUGUUGAUUUGUUCUCUCAAAUGGGGAUGGUUAUCUUGAUUUCUUAUGUGGAUAUUGCUGCAAGGGUAUUUUACGCUGUUCAGCAUAGUACAGGUGAUUUCUUCUCCUUUAUUGAGAGAUCUUCAAAGUAGUAAUACAAGUUAUAGCCAUGGCGUAUUGGAGCUUGAGGGAGAUAUUUAGUGUGCUUGCAGUUAGCUAAAAUGAAGAGCACACAGGAUCCACAAAGCACAACUGAGAAACAAUCUUCAACUCAGGCUUCUCAUGAGGCCCAAAGUGACCAGCAGAACAAUGCAACCGAUACACCUGUAGCAGAUUCAGCUUCAGUUUCUGCAUCAGGCAAUGACAACCGAAAAGUUUCACGUGAAGAUAUUGAACUAGUCCAAAACUUGAUUGAACGUUGCUUACAAUUGUAUAUGAAUAAGGAUGAAGUGGUUAAAACACUUCUUAAUCGUGCAAGGAUAGAUCCCGGAUUUACAGCUCUUGUUUGGCAAAAAUUGGAAGAGGAAAACGCAGAUUUCUUUCGGGCCUACUACAUUAGGCUUAAAUUGAAGAAACAAAUCAUCUUGUUCAAUCAUUUGCUUGAGCAUCAAUAUCAUCUGAUGAAAUAUCCUGUGCCUCCGAAGGUUCCAUUGACUCCGAUGCAGAAUGGGAUAAAUACCAUGCCAGUCAACAACUUACCCAUGGGAUACCCCGUCCUACAACAACAUCCCCAUCCAGCUGCAGGUCAACCUCAUUUUGAUCCGAUGGGCAUGUCCAGUUGCCAUGUGGUUAAUGGUGUGCCUGCACCAAGCAACUAUCAUCCAAUGCAAAUGAACUCUGGAAAUGAUAUGGUGGUAGAAACGAGUGCAUCUGAUGUAGCACCAGCUGUUCCACCUAGCAAUGCCAUGUCUGAUAUGCCUGUAAGCCCUGCAUCAGUAGCUUCCAGUGGACACUUCCCCUUCACCGCUUCGGAGAUUUCAGGGAUGGGAAUUGACACAUCAGUGCUUGACUCUUCGUUCCCAUCUGACGUAGCAAGUUCAGUAGGAUUGCAACUUCCACCAGAUAACGGUGUUGGUAAUUCUAGAGAUUUGCUGAGAUCCUUGGAUCAAAUUCCUUGGGAUUUCAGUCUUUCGGAUCUAACAGCAGACUUAUCAAACUUGGGAGAUUUAGGAUCUCUAGGAAACUAUCCCGGUUCCCCGUUUCCAGAACAAGAAGAUAUAGUUGAGGAGUUCUUCGUUGAUGUUGAAGCUGCCCCAGGGCCUGCAGCAUGUCCUCAAUCAGAUGAAGAGAAGUCUUAGUUUAAGUUAACACGAGCACGUUCUUAAUUCCAUAGCCAGAAUAAGGAGUUUGGCGUGAUCAGCUAAGAACAUUGAUUUACCUUUGUUAGGUAUGUCUGUGUAGUUAUUAACCCAACUUUUCUGGUGCCAAUGACUUACCUCGCUUUAUUCUUAUACUGAUCGAGUUGCACUAUUUUCUAUUCCAAUAGAUUUCACUUCCCUAGCUUGCGCGAUAUAUCAUUUGUAGAAGCAAGUCAAGAUAUGUCAGUUUCAUUCCUUUUGAUGUUAUAAAGCUUGUAUCUUUGGUAUUGAACAUAAACAAUCAGAUAAAAUCUGUUAACCAA